UGUUGAAUCCCGCGCGCGCGCGCGUCACUUUUUGAUUUAUCUCCCUUCGUUUGAUAUUGCUUUCGAUCUGGCUCUGGUUUGUUUUGAUCUAUUCUAUUGUAUGAAAUAGUGGUGAUCGUGAAGAUGGUGCUAAUCAGCGGUCAAAAUUAGCAACUCAAAUGGAAUAGUGUUGCUUUGCAAGUUUGAAGUCAAUUAGUGGUAAUCACCGGCGAAAUCAGUGUGUGAGACACGUGCACUUUGCGACUAUUUGUGUUUGUGAGCGUGAACUUGCUGUACGAUCGCCGAUCGCUGUCCUUGGAUAUUCUUGAUCUUUUCGUCGAAUUUGCUGAGGUUUGCAGAUUGUGCGCGAGUUUGUCUAGUUUAGUUUGGAUCGCUGUUGAUAAGCCGUUCAAAAAAAUUGAAAACAAACAAGAUGGAUCAACCGUCACCGCAGCAGCAGCAGCAGGACCAUGCCGUGGAGGAGGUCGGUGAUGCGCUGGAGAUGCUCAGCACGUCAGCUUUCACGACGCCACGUGUCGCGCGGGAUGACGGGGACAAGUUUGCGCUGAAGGGGAAACGGGCCGGACGGGGGGUGGUCCAGUCUGGGCUGACACACGAGUGCGGCGUGUUUGGGGCGAUUGCAACGGGCGAAUGGCCCACGCAGGUCGACGUCGCGCAGGUCAUCUGCCUGGGGCUGGUGGCCUUGCAGCACCGGGGUCAAGAGUCGGCCGGAAUCGUCACGAGCGAGGGAAAUUGCGCAAAGAACUUUAACGUGCACAAGGGCAUGGGUAUGAUCAACAACAUCUUCACGGACGAAUCGAUGAAGAAGCUGAAGGGCAAUCUGGGCAUUGGUCACACGAGAUACUCGACGUCGGCCGCCUCGGAGGAGGUCAACUGUCAGCCGUUUGUGGUGCACACGGCGCACGGAGUGCUGGCGGUGGCUCACAACGGUGAACUGGUCAACUGCGACAGCCUGCGGAGGGACGUGCUGUCCCGUGGAGUCGGUCUGUCCACCCACAGUGACUCGGAACUGAUCACACAGGCGCUGUGCCUGAAUCCUCCGGACGGCGAGGACAACGGACCGGACUGGCCCGCCCGUAUUAAGCACCUCAUGCAGCUCGCACCGCUUUCGUACUCACUGGUCAUCAUGCUCAAGGAUAAGAUCUACGGCGUACGGGACCCGUACGGAAAUAGGCCGCUCUGUAUUGGAAAAAUCGUCCCGCUUAGCAUCGGCUCGUACCGGCAAGAAAAGGUCGAAAAGCUGGCCGCCGACGGCUGGGUCAUCUCCAGCGAGAGCUGCGGCUUCCUCUCGAUCGGCGCCCGCUACGUGCGCGAGGUCCUCCCCGGCGAGAUCGUCGAGCUGACCCGCGACGGCAUCAAAACCAUCGACGUCGUCGAGUGUCCCGAGAACCGGCGGCACGCGUUCUGCAUCUUCGAGUACGUGUACUUUGCCCGGUCCGACUCCAUCUUCGAGGGCCAGAUGGUGUACUCGGUGCGGCUGCAGUGCGGCCGGCAGCUGGCGCGCGAGGCCUUCGUCGACGCGGACAUUGUCAGCUCGGUGCCGGAGUCGGGAACGGCGGCCGCCCACGGCUACGCGCGAGAGACCGGUCUCCACUUCGCGGAGGUGCUCUGCAAGAACCGUUACGUCGGCCGUACCUUCAUCCAGCCCUCGACCCGGCUCCGCCAGCUGGGCGUGGCGAAGAAGUUUGGCGCCCUGUCGGAAAACGUGUCCGGCAAGCGGCUCAUCCUGAUCGACGAUUCGAUCGUGCGAGGAAACACGAUCGGGCCGAUCAUCAAGCUGCUGCGCGAUGCCGGUGCCGUUGAGGUGCACAUCCGUAUCGCCAGCCCGCCGCUCCUCUAUCCGUGCUACAUGGGCAUCAACAUUCCGACGCGGGAGGAACUCAUCGGCAACAAGCUGAACCCGGAAGAGCUGGCCAAGUACGUGGGGGCGGACAGUUUGGCCUACCUGAGCGUGGAAGGGCUCAAGAAGGCCGUCCAGCUGAACAUGGACAAGAGCAGCGAGGAUAAGGCCGGGCAUUGUACGGCCUGUCUGACCGGGGAUUAUCCUGGCGGACUGCCGGAAGAUUUGGAAUGGUGAUUUUUUUCCAUGCUUAAAUUGUGAAGCUCAAGUGUGCAAAGCAGACGUUCAUGCUUAUUUUGAGAGAUACGAAGAUAAAGUGCGAUCUGAGAUCAAUGACAUAAAUACAUGCCUAUAUAUGGAGUUCUAGUUUAAUAAAGUUUUAAGUAAUCUUUAAAA